AUGGAAACCGUUAUCGCAAAUAUAAUCAACGCUCUCAAAAUCCGACCAAGAGGUUCACGCAGUCGUAAGACAUCACGAGAACCUGUGUUUGAUGAUGAAAGCUACACAAUUGCCGUUCUCGGAGGUGCCGCAGUGGGUAAGACGAGCCUGCUGAGACGCUUCUUCUAUGGCAGUCACAACCACAAGCACAAUCCCACCAUCGAGGACUUGUACAAAGAGAAGCUCGUGGCAGGAAACCAGCGGCUAGAGAUAGACAUUAUCGACACGACAGGCUCGGAGAACUUCCCUGCCAUGCGGCGGCUAGCUAUACAGAGAGCGCAUGUCAUCAUCAUCGUUUUCGCCUUGAACAACACGGCAUCAUUCACUGAGAUGAAGAAUCUGCGGAACGAAGUCCUUGAAUUACGGACUCAAAUGCCCCCAGUCAUAAUCGUGGGCAACAAAGCUGAUACACGCUGUGACAAAUCUUUGGAACUGCAGAGGCAGCUGAGAGUGAGAAGAAACAUCAUUGAGAACGAGAUGCAACACAAGUACGUUGAAUGUUCUGCUAGGAACGGCGAAAAUGUCAGCGAAGUAUUCGAAAAAUAUCUCUUAUCAGAACUUCAAGGAAGUACUACAGCAAUUAGCACUCACAAAAAAUCUUCCAAGAAAGGACUACGAGAAUUUCACAAAAAGAUUAAGAGGCACUUUUAG